AUGGACAAACUGGAACCGAUUGCAAUAGUCGGCUUUUCUUUUCAGUUUCCUGACGCGGAAGAUUCAGAAUCAUUGUGGAAGAUAAUGGUAGAGAAAAGGUGCACUGUAAUUGAGACGCCUAAAGACAGAAUAAAUGUGGAUGCUUGGUAUCAUCCAGAUAGUAGUAGACGCGGCCAAUAUUACACUCGUGGGGCCCAUUUCCUACGAGAGGACAUCUCACUUUUCGAUGCCCCCUUUUUUUCUCUUUCUUCGGAUGAAGCUGCCGGAAUGGAUCCGCAGCAACGCCUUUUGCUAGAAGUCACCUAUAGAGCACUCGAAAAUGCCGGUAUUCCCAUUGAAAAGGCUGCAGGCACGCAGACUUCAGUUCAUGUCGGCUGCUUUGGGAAUGACUAUCGCCAUCUAAUGUGCAAAGACGUUGAACUGACCGCUAAUUACGAUGUUUUUGGUGCUAACGUUAGUAUGAAUGCGAACAGAUUGAGUUGGUUUUUCGACUUUCGCGGGACCAGUAUGAACAUCGACACAGCCUGCUCUAGCAGUCUUGUGGCUCUGGAUUUGGCUUGCGCAGACUUGCGGGCAGGAAGUACAGAUAUGGGAAUUGUGGCCGGGGCCAAUCUUAUCAUAUCGCCAGACAUUAUGCUUCUCAUGUCGAAUGUCAAUAUGUUAUCACCGGACGGCAGAAGCUACAGCUUUGACCAACGGGCAAAUGGUUACGGGCGUGGCGAGGGCAUUGGGACCCUAAUUAUCAAACGCCUUUCAGAUGCCAUUCGCGAUGGGGAUACUAUUCGAGCGGUUAUCCGCUCGACAGCUUCGAAUCAGGAUGGAAAUACCCCAUCUGGUAUCAUGCAGCCGAAAGGCGACUCCCAGGCUGCGCUUAUCCGGGAUACAUAUGAGAAGGCCGGCUUAAGUAUGGCACCAACGCGAUUUUUUGAGGCUCAUGGCACCGGAACCCCAGUCGGCGAUCCUAUUGAGCUUAAUGCGGUGGGAUCGGCAUUUCGACAUGUUCGAACUGCUGAGGAUCCCCUGGUGAUCGGUGCUAUAAAGUCGAAUAUUGGUCAUCUUGAAGGUGCAAGUGGGAUAGCCGGCGUUAUUAAGACCAUUCUUAUAUUGGAGAGCGGUCUAAUUCCCCCAAACACAAAUUUUGAGAAGCUGAAUCAAAAGAUAGAUCUUGAAUUCUUACAUAUGAAGUUACCUCUUGAGUUAACCCCAUGGCCUACACAAGGGCUGCGUCGAGCCUCGGUGAAUUCUUUUGGUUUUGGGGGAACAAACUCUCAUGUUAUAUUAGAUGACGCAUUCCAUUUCCUCAAUGACCAUGGCAUCAUUGGCAAUAGUGUGACGGUCGAGCACCCUCCUUCAUUGCUUACUCAAACCAAUGGCACCCACAGUGAAAAACCAUUUCAGCAGAUACACGCGGAGCUUCCAGUCUCAGAAAUGGACGCAAAGCUCAAAGUGCCAAAGCUUCUAGUUGUCUCCGCUCGAGACAAGGCCGGAAUCGAACGCGUUACUGAUGCAUAUGCAGCAUACUUCAAAGGCCCGAACAUCUCACGACGCCCUUUCAAUACCUUUGCGACGAAUUUGGCAUAUACUCUAAAUGUACGGAGAUCUGCGCUUCAUUUCAAAAGUUUCUGGCUUGCUUCUAGCAUUGCAGAUCUUCAGGCUGUCAAGGAACAAAAGUCUGCUGUAUAUCAAGCAUUGUUGAAGCCAAGCCUUGCUUUCGUCUUCACCGGCCAGGGUGCACAAUGGCUGGGCAUGGGCCGCGAACUAGCCAGCUUCUUUGUUUUUAAACAGAGUAUUAUGAGAUGUGAGGAGUAUCUUCUAGAAUUCGGCUGUCCUUGGUCACUAAGAGAAUCAAUAUGGAACGAAAGUGCUUCCACCAAUAUAAACUCCCCUGAUGUUGCUCAACCAACGAGUACUGCGUUGCAGAUCGCAUUAGUUGAUCUCCUUGAAAGCAUUGGUGUCAGGCCUGCAGCGGUAAUUGGACAUUCCUCAGGAGAGAUAGGAGCAGCUUAUGCCUAUGGGGCUUUAUCUGCUGCGGAAGCGAUGAAAAUCGCGUACUUCAGAGGGGUUGCCGCAGCGCAUCUGACAAAAACUCAAAAGCAACGUGGUGCAAUGAUUGCAGUUGGACUAUCAGAACAGGAAGCCCGCCAGUAUAUCGAUGAGGUUGCGAGCCUACAAGGAUCUUAUGGUCUCCAAGUGGCCUGCAUAAAUAGCCAGAAAAGCACCACAGUGUCUGGUGAUGAGACGCAGGUGGAUGCACUUAAAGGUCUUUUGGACUCCAGAGAAAUCUUUGCUCGGAAAUUGCAGGUGCCUCUAGCUUAUCAUUCGUCUCACAUGUUGGACAUCGCGUCCGAAUACCGAGAUAUGAUAAAAGAUCUAACUCCGGUUGAUAAGGAGUCAUGUCGCGGGCAAAUGAUCUCGUCCGUGACGGGUGAGAAGGUUUUCGUUAAUACCUUACGCUCCCCAAACUACUGGGUUCAAAAUCUCAUUUCACCAGUGCAAUUUGCAAAGUCUUUUAAUCAAAUAUGUACCGACCCCCGGUCAGCUUUGACAAAGAAGCUCGAUAGCAGUCAUCGAUAUCGACUAGGGAUCAAUAUUCUUCUGGAGAUUGGGCCUCACGCUGCCUUGCAAGGCCCAAUUAGAGAUCUCCUAGAAGAUUUAUCAUGGGGUCACGAUGUUAAAUACCAUGCAGCCCUCUACCGUGGCAAGAAACAGGCAGAGUCUUUCCUCAAUGCUCUUGGCCAUCUUUAUUGCCUUGGAUGUCCAGUUGACCUAGAAAGAAUAAACGAGUUAAGUGGCCCAUUGGAAACAAAGCCUCGUGUCAUUGUAGAUCUCCCACAUUAUCCGUUCAAUCACUCAUCAUCCUACUGGCGUGAGAGUCAAAUCAGCAGAAACUUUCGUCUUGCUCAACAGGGAAAAAUUGAUCUUCUCGGCAAGUUGACAACAGAUUCAAACGCUUUUGAUAGCAGGUGGCGCAAUUAUCUUCGCACUUCGGAACUGGACUGGGUUGAAGAUCACACAAUCAAUGGUACUGUUAUUUACCCAGCGGCAGGUAUGCUUGUCAUGGCAAUAGAAGCGGCAAAUCAAACAGCCAGUCACCAUCGACCUGUAGUUGGGUUUGAGUUGAAAGAUGUUGAAUUCUCCCGUGCCUUGAGUGUGCCAAAUACUGCUGAAGGCGUCGAGACUUAUUUUCAUCUCCGCAAACCGAGUGAUAGUAGCGACACUACAGCCACAUGGUCCCAAUUCCGCCUGUGCUUCUAUGAGAACGAUUCAUGGCAGGAAAGCUGUCACGGUUUUGUCAGGAUAGAGUAUGAGACCAAGAAGAACGAAGUAGACAAUGGGCGCCAUGAUCUUGUGGAGUGCCUCCAGUGGAACAACAUGAUUGCUGAGGCAUGCAAUAAAGAAUUCGAACCCAGCCAGCUAUACAAAACUCUCAGAGAGUCUGGUUUCCAGUUUGGGCCUACGUUCCAAACAUUAUACCACGGCAAGUACGGCAAUGAACAUCAAGCGUGGGCUUUGGUGAAGAUUUUUCAGUGGUUAGACGACCGGUAUCCGCAACCUCAUAUCGUCCAUCCAACAACGCUGGACGGAAUCCUUCACGUAAUUCUCUCUGCGACCUCUAAAGGGGGACUCGAGCUAGGUCCUACUAUGAUUCCUACCGGCAUAAAAAAUAUCUGGGUAGCAAAAGAUGGACUAAGUUCUGCUGGUAAUACGGUGGUUAGAACGUCGACAAAAGCUAACUUCGUGCACGAUCGAGGACACAAUUUCAAUAUCUGUGCCCUGGAUGAGUCACGAACCAAUGUUCUUGUGAAAGUUGAUGGCUUGCAAUCGACCAUUGUUGCUGACAAUACCAAGGUCGAAGAUGCCUCAAACAUGAAGCAUACUUGUUAUCGACUGAUCCACCAACCCGAUUUAGAUAUGCUGGAUUUCCCUCAAUCAAGAUCAUACUGUGCUCGUGCGCGAUCGGAUCUUGCUCAAACAGAGUACUUCAAGGAGUUGAAUUUCACUUUAUUCAAGUUUAUUGAUCAACACUUGGACGCGGUAGGCGACGUACUGCCGAAGGACAUUCCAGCACAUAUAAGAAAAUAUAUCGAGUGGGCAAAAUUACAGCGUCAUCUAUUUACUCAAGGAAAACUUCCCUUUUCUCAGCCUGAAUGGUCGCAGCUACUUCAAAAUGAAGCCUUUGUUAAAGCAGCACGGCUCCGUAUCGCUUCCGCAAAUGCCCAAGGCCAUCUUUUCAUACAAAUAGGGGAAAAUCUGCCAUCUCUUCUUAGUGGCGAAAUCGAUCCUAUUCAAUUUCUCUUCAAGGACGACAUGAUAAAGAAAUUCUAUGAUGAAAUUAACAAUCGCCCAUGCUUUGACGAAUGGGACCUCUUUCUGCGAACGUAUGCCCACAAAAAGCCAGAUAUGAAAAUUCUCGAAAUUGGAGCAGGCACAGGUGGAACUUCCAGUCUAAUUUUGCACUCAUUAUCUUUGGGAAGUGGCAGCACAGAAGAAAAGCCAUUUUAUAUGUCCUAUGACUAUACAGAUGUUUCACCAGCCUUCUUUGACAAGGCUCGUGAAAGGUUCGGAAAGUUUCCGAGAAUGAAUUUCGAAGUUCUAGAUAUUGAGAAAGACCCAGCUACACAGGGGUUUGAGCCGCACUCAUACGAUCUGGUUAUUGCAGCAAAUGUUCUUCACGCGACUUGUAAUAUUCGCGAAACGUUUCACAAUGUUCGCAAACUUUUAAAGCCUGGUGGAAAGCUUAUGAUGUAUGAGAUUACACAGCCAGAUAUUUUGCGGACUGGCUUUGCUUUUGGUCUUUUGUCUGGAUGGUGGGCUGGAGAACAGGAUGGCCGUCCAUGGAGUCCAGGAUUGACCAGUGCACAGUGGGAUCUGGUUUUGAAAGAGACGAACUUCUCAGGCAUCGAUCUAGACUUUCCAGACUAUAUCGAGCCCGAAUGUCAAGAAGGGGGUAUUUUGAUUGCUACAGCCUCCGAGCCAAAACCAGUUAUUGACAGCAAUGAUGCUGAAAUAAUAUAUUUUGUCGUGGAUCCAGCCUCAAACGCACAAGUGAGCGUUUAUGAGAAGGCGAAAUCCGCACUCACCUCUCGGUAUACAGCGAAGUCGGUUAUCAUUGAAGCGCACAGCUUAGACGAAUGCUUGACGCUUCCUGCUUUUAACCUUGCAACCCUCGUGUUCAUUCAGGAAACAGACAAGUUUCUUCUCAGCAACAUGAGUAGCGAAACAUUUUAUAAUAUUCAAAAGGCUGUACAUAUGUGCAACAAAAUACUGUUUGUUACUGCGGGAGGCGGUCUUUCACCAAAGAGGCCCGAAUACUCCCUCGUUGAUGGAUGGGCACGAACUUUGAGAACCGAAAAAGCCUCACGAAGCGUUGUCACAUUGGCUCUUGAUAUUGACAAUGAAAUCAGAAUUCAUCAGGUUUCAUUCAUCGUUCAAAUACUGACUGAUGUUGUUAUUCCUUCCAGCUCUGAUGACUACGAACCCGAAUUUGUAGAAAUCGAUGGGUUGCUACAUAUUCCCAGGGUUCGACCGGACACCAGAUUAAGUGACGAGAUUCAUCAAGAGUCUCUUGAGUUGCAGUCUUCUAGGAUGGCCAUUCAAAAUACAGGCCCCCUCAAAUUAGCCAUUGGAACCCCAGGCCUGCUCGAUACUUUGCACUGGAGGCAAGAUCACGAGUGUUUACAGCCGUUACAACCAAACGAGGUUGAGAUCGACGUCAAAGCAGUCGGGAUUAACUAUAAAGACUGCCUAACUGCUCUUGGAAGAACUACAGAAAAAAUAUUUGGUCACGAGUGUGCUGGCAUUGUUACUCGUGCUGGAGAGCUCUCAGAGCUUCAGUCCGGAGAUCGUGUCGCUGUUUUUGGCCCUAGCAUGUUCAAGACAGUAGUCAGAUGCAAAGCGGAGUUCACGUGCAAAAUACCAGAUAGUAUAUCUUUUGUCGAGGGUUCCAGUAUUCCCACCCAGUUCAGUACGGCCUGGCAGGCUAUUGUUGAACUCGGUCGUCUCCGACGUGGUGAAAGUAUUCUCAUACACGCUGCUGCUGGAGGCACUGGUCAGGCAUGUAUUCAAAUUUCGCAGCACAUCGGUGCAGAUAUCUAUGCGACAGUCGGAUCAAAAGUGAAAAAGCAGACCCUUAUGGAAGAAUAUCAGAUUCCAGAAGAUCACAUAUUUUAUAGCCGGGAUACGAGUUUUGCCAAGGGUGUCAUGUUGAAAACAAAGGGCCGUGGAGUGGAUGUCGUCAUCAACAGUCUCGCUGGAGAGAUUCUUCGAGCGUCUUGGCAAUGUAUUGCCUCUUAUGGCCGAUUUGUGGAUAUUGGAAAUAAGGAUAUUCUGUCCAACAGCAGUCUUCCAAUGACACAGUUCGGCCGAAAUGCGUCCUUCGUCCAAUUCGACGGCCUCAUCUGGAUGAAUGAAAACCCAGGCGCCGCAAAGAGCACUCUCUCAUCGAUUUUACAGUUGUUUGAGGAGCGGAAAUUACAUGUGCAGACACCCUUGCAGGCUUUGAGCGUCAGCGAGGUAGAAGAGGCAUUCAGGAACAUACAAAGUGGGACGUCUGCUGGCAAGAUUGUCCUUGAGAUAACCCAGGAUGCGCAGGUUCCUACUAUCCUGCCCAAGCCUUCUUUCAGACUUGACCCUCAAUCUACCUAUCUCAUUGCUGGCGGCCUCGGAGGCCUAGGACGCACCACUGCCAGGUGGAUGGCCGCUCGUGGGGCUAAGAAUUUGGUUCUUCUCGGAAGAUCAGGGCCAACAACGGAGGCAGCAUUAAGCCUUAUUAACGAGCUGAAGGCCCAAGGAGUCAAUUGCUAUACCCCACCGUGCGAUGUAAUUGACCAGCAAUCGGUCGAGCGAGUCAUUCAGGAAGUUUCACAGAAUAUGCCCCCAAUCAAGGGCUGUAUACAAGGGUCGAUGGUCCUCCGCGAUCACAUGUUCAAUGACAUGAGCUAUGAAGAUUGGCGCGCUGCAGUGGAGUGCAAGGGCAUGGGAUCAUGGAACCUUGAAGCCAGUCUCCCCCCAAACCUAGACUUCUUCGUUUUGCUAUCUUCUGCGAGUGGUGUUGUCGGACUGCCGGGGCAGGCGAACUAUGCCUCUGGUAACUCUUACAUGGAUGGCUUUGCGAGAUAUCGAGUUGCAAACUCUCAAAAGGCGAUUUCGCUUGACAUGGGAGCCAUGGUCGAUGAUGGCUUGUUGGCUGAAACCGAAGGAUUCCUCGACAGGGUUCUUAGCUACGGCGCGUUGAGCCCGGUGACGCGUCAACAAUUCCUUGGAAUACUUGAUUAUUACUGUCGUCCUGGCACUCCCUUAUUAACCCCCGAGACUGCCCAGGUUGUCAUUGGACUUGAUGAUGGCUCUAGCGGCGGCCAGCUAGCACGGGUUGUGCAAAACACACGCAUGUUCCGUCAUCUGUCAGUAAACAACAUUCAUAACAUAUCGGGGAAGGAACGUGAUGUACAGAUUGAUUUUCGAAAACAGUUUGCUGCGGCAGCAUCACUUCAGGAAGGGCAACAAAUUAUAUCUCAGGCACUGGUUCACAAAUUCAAGAAUGGAUAUAAAACCAUCCAAGAUGAUAGCGAAGUCAACAUGCAGGCUCCUCUGCACAGCCUUGGCGUGGAUUCGCUCCUCGCCGUUGAAGUUUGCAAUUGGAUCAAGAAGGAAUUCUCUGCAGAUCUCGCGGUCUUCGAGUUAAUGGGUGGCGCCACACUGUCGACUGUCGGGGUACUGGUGGCUAAUCGAAGUGGUUUGAAAAAUGCGGCGUGGAAAUGAGGUCAAUCUAUUAAAUUUCCGAUGCCAAUUAACAACAUUAAAGGACUUGUUAUCUAGAAUAGUGAAUAGUAUAAAAUGUUCAUGUACU